AGGCAGCAUCUCUGGAGAGAAGGAAUGGGUGAAGCUUCAGGUCGAGACCCUUCUUCAGACUAAACUAAACUAAACUAAACUAAACUAAACUAAAUCCCGGGCUACGGAGUUCUUUAAAACUUCCUGAAACAAGGAAUAUGCGUUUUUUUUUAGUAUGGAUGUACCGAGCGCUUCAAGCAAAAAUAUAGCACCGAGUCCAGUGGGCUGAAGGGCCGCCCGUCUGCUCUAACGCCCCCUCCUCCCUCCCUCCCUUCUUAUUCCAGUCUAUUCAACUGCAAGCAAAACGGAGUCCAAGCUUCGAUAGACCGCAUUCGAUCGAGGGUUUGUGUCUCUGCGGCGCCUUCCCGUCGCGAACCAGGUGUGUUGGAGAGAGAGUGGGCGAGGGACUGAGACCAGGUACAUCAGAACAGACUGACCCCAACUCUCAGGAUGGGGGUGACGGGACCUCCAGCCAUUGUCACCAAGUUGGCGCGGGGAGAGACCGGCAGGAGACGUUCGUUCAACCCGUUCCACAGCGUAAAGUUUUUUGUGCUGUGUCACGGACUCCUGCAACUCUCUCAGCUCCUGGUAUCGGGGUACAUGAAGAGCAUCGUGUCGACCAUCGAGAAGCGCUUUGGGCUGUCGAGCCAGAACUCGGGAAUGCUCUCUUCCCUCAACGAGAUUGGAAGUACGGUGUUGAUUGUCUUCGUCAGCUACUUUGGUAGCCGGGUGCACCGGCCACGGUUGAUUGGUUGCGGAGGGAUCCUGGUCAGCUUUUCCGCCUUCACCAUGUCUCUGCCGCACUUCAUCAUGGGCCGUUACGUGUACGACGGGGCCGUGCAGAACAACGUGACCGGCACGUGCCAGCCGGCAGGCGGUGGCCCAGCUGUGAACGAGAGCUGCGGCACUGGCGGCGAUCGGAGUGACCACCACGUCUUGUCGCUGCUGAUGCUCGGACAACUGCUGCUGGGCAUCGGCGGGGUCCCCAUCCAACCCUUCGGCAUCUCCUAUGUCGACGACUACGCCAGCAACAGGAACUCGCCCUUGUACCUCGGGAUUCUGUUUGCCGUCAGCGUUCUGGGCCCGGCCUUCGGCUUCGUGCUGGGCUCCUGCGCCCUCCGCAUCUUCAUCGACGUGGACAAGGUGCCGAUGGCAGAGAUUGUAGACCUUGAGUUUGGAGACCCUCGAUGGCUGGGUGCCUGGUGGCUGGGCUUUCUCUUCGCGGCCAGCUGUGUCUUGGUCUUCUCCCUGCCCUACUUCUUCUUCCCCAGAGAGAUGCCCAAAGAGGGCUCCGAUGAUCUCAAAUGUGACAGCAAUUUGGAAAAAGACGUAUUAAAAGUCAAAGAAGAGGUCGAUGCAGCCCAGAAUCUAUCGCUGAUCCAGUUCAUCAAAAGUUUCCCGCGUAUCCUGCUGCGGACGCUGAGGAGCCACGUUUACCUGGCGGUGGUCUUGGCUCAGGUGUGCCUGUCUGCCCUCAUGUCGGGGCUCACUGUUUUCAUCAGCAAGUUCCUGGAGCAGCAGUUCGCCAUCACCGCCUCCGUUGCCAAUCUGCUGAUCGGCAGUAUCCAUGUUCCUGGAGCGGUGCUGGGCAUACUGCUGGGCGGCGUGUUGAUGAGAAGGCUGAGCAUUGGCCUGAGGGGAUCGGCCAUCAUGUGCUGCCUGGCCAUCUUUAUCUCCAUCUGCACGGCCGCACCACUGCUGUUCCUCGGCUGCAGCACCCAGCGAGUUGUCGGGGUCAACACCUUGAACGGGACAUUGGAUGUCAGGCAGAGCUGCAAUAAAGGCUGUUCGUGUGGCGAUCAUGUCUACAAUCCUGUCUGUGCCCGCGGUAACAUUGAGUUCAUCUCCCCCUGCCAUGCAGGUUGUCACAAUGUGAUCUUCAACACUCAGGGAAAGCUCACGAAUUACAGCAACUGUAGCUGCGUUCCCGGCGACGGCCAGGUUGAGCCAGGGACGUGCGGCACCAACUGCUCACACCUACUCCCGCCCUUCAUAUUCUUCCUCACCCUGACCGGCUUUGUGGCCACGCUCUGCCAAACACCAUCAUUCAUGUUGGUGCUGAGGUAAGCAUGUCUC